AUGAUAGAAGUCAUAGAGGUGCAUAAGCCGAUCAUCGACCGGUACGGGCGGUAUCCGUAUCGCAAUGCCAUCGAGGGGAGGAAGAGCACCGAGGAGGAGCUGGAGUGGAUCGAGAAGACGGAUCACUUUGCCGAGGCGCCGCCUGCUGUGGCAGAGAGGGUGAGGGAGGAUGUCAAGGCUGGUCGGUGGACGCCCUUGGGCGCGGGUAGGGACGCGUCUGCUGCGGGUGUCAGGUGCAUGGCUGGGCCGUCGUGA